AUGCGCCAUUUCGCAACUCUUUCCGCGCUCGUCGCAGGCGCCUACGCUGCAUACACCCCGACACGCACUGUGGCUCGCCGAGACUCCUCUCCGUUCGUUUCAACCCAGAACGGCCAAUUUGUCGUCAACGGCAGCAACUUCCGCUUCAUUGGUACCAACGCGUACUGGCUUCCCUUCCUCCCUAACGAAGAUGACAUCAACACCGUGCUCGCGGACAUGGCCGCGUCCAACAUCACUGUCGUCCGCACAUGGGGCUUCAACGAUGUGACAGAGAUCCCUACCGAUGGCUCUCCGUGGUUGCAACUCCUUGCACCGAACGGCACAACUGUGAUCAACAACGGCACCGAUGGCCUUCAACGUCUUGACCGACUCGUCGACCUCGCCGCUCAGAACGGCAUUCACGUUCUCUUCAGCCUCACGAACAACUGGAACCCUGUCGUUGGCGAUACCCUUAACCCAGGAGGCCAGCCUUCACGGCGGAAUGAGCCCGCGCCCAGCGCCACCCGCCCGCGCAACUUCCUCUCAAACGACUACGGUGGCAUGGACGCGUACGUGCGCGCGCUCGGGCCGUCCAAGUUGCACAGCGAGUUUUUCACGGACAUGACGAUCCGCGCGGCGUUCCAGAACUACACCCAGGCUGUGGUCGAACGCUUCUCUGCUAACCCGUGGGUUCUCGCUUGGGAAUUGGCCAAUGACCCCCGAUGCAACUCAUCGAUGUCUACGGCGGAUGACUGUAACACGAACACGGUUACUCAAUGGCACGAAGACGUCGGGAGCUUCGUGAAGACCGUUGACCCAAAUCACCUGGUCUCGUCUGGCUCAAGUGGCUUCACAUGCCCAACAUGCCACAAGCUGUUCUCCACCACACCAAAGCCUGCACCGUCUUCGACCGCCUCGAAGAAGAAACGCGCUCCGGUGCUCACCGAGGCAGAACAAGCUCGUCGAGUCAUCGCCGCCCGCAAGCGCUCUGAGGCCGUACCAGCCGAUGGAGUCAAGAUUCGUGGUCGUUGGGUCGCAAACAAGAACGCGAGGCGCCAGAGCAGCUCUGGAUCGGUCGGCAGUGCAUUCGACGGCAGCACGGGUGUUGACAGCUCUGAUAUUCUCAACGCCCCAUCAAUUGGCUUCGGCUCGCUGCAAUACUUCCCCGACCAGAACUCGUACUCGACGCUCGGCCAGUCCUCGCAAGCCUCAUCAGACGCGGGGUCGCUCGGCCAGGAGAAGAUAGGCCCCGAUCAGCUCAACUUCACUGCCAUCUUGCAGCAGGGCGUCGACUUCAUCCAGAUGCAGGCUUCGCUGGCUCAAGCAUCCGGGAAGCCGCUCGCGCUCACUGGGUUCGGUCUCGUUACCCAGGAGAACGGGCCGUUCUUCGUGCCAUUCAACGCAACCGUGCCCCUGCUCAACCAGACGUCGUCGGCCCUUUCGCGCAGGCAAAGCUCGUCCAACGCAGGAACGCUCGGUGUUACACAAGAUCAACAGAAUACCGCAUACAACACUUGGUUGCAGGCUGGUAUCCAGGCCGGCUUGGGUGGUUUGACGCAAUACCAGUGGUCGGCGGGUAACUUGACGGCCACAAACGGUGGACUCGUUCAGGCCAAUGCGACCAACACGGACGGCACACUCUCCCAGGGAGACUCGCCCAACGACGGUUACGGUGGCCUCGGCCAACAGUCGAACGUCCAGGGCGAACUUGGCCAGGCCGUGUUCAACCUGACGUCGUUCGGCAAUGCGUAG